GCAGAUUCUUGGUGUAUAUGAUUGUAAAAAAAAUUAUAUUGCCAUUUGCUAAGAUUUCUUCAACCCUUCCAUUUGCCAUUUGCUAAUUUCAUUUGGCAUUUCCCGUCAAAAAUCCCCAACAACUUUCAAUUUCUAUCUCAAAGUGAAAAUUGUUUUGUUUAUUUGAUGGCGUUGAAGACGAAUGGAUUUGUGGAAGGUAGUCUACCGGAGGAAUUGAUGAAGCUGCUAUUAAAUUUGGCUUCAGAAUGGGGAGAUGUGAUUGAUUUAAGUAAUUUGAAGGUGAUUCAUUUGAGUGGUGCCAUGACUAACAAGAUUUAUCAAAUAAGCUGGCCUACAAAAAUGGAAAAUUUCCCAAGAAUAGUUUUAGUUCGAAUUUAUGGCGAAGGGGUCGAGCUUUUCUUCGACCGGGAUGAGGAAAUUCGCACUUUUAAAUUUAUUUCGACUCAUGGUCAUGGACCUAAGCUUCUUGGUCAGUUCAAGGAGGGGCGAGUCGAGGAGUUCAUUCAUGCCAGGACUCUAUCAGCUGCUGACCUUCGCGACCCUGAAAUUUCUGCUCUGAUAGCAGCUAAAAUGAGGGAAUUUCAUUAUCUUGAUAUGCCGGGAUCGAAGAAUGUGGUCUUGUGGAACAGAAUGAGAAAUUGGCUUAGCGAGGCCAAAAGUUUGUGCUCCCCGGAACAUGUGAAGGAAUUUCGCUUGGAUAACUUAGAAGCGGAGAUCAACUUAUUGGAAAAGGCACUAUCAGGACACGACCAAAAAAUUGGUUUUUGCCACAAUGAUCUGCAGUACGGUAACAUAAUGAUCGAUAACAAGGCAAAAUCCAUCACUCUGAUAGAUUAUGAGUAUGCAAGUUACAAUCCUAUUGCCUACGAUCUUGCAAAUCAUUUCUGUGAGAUGGCAGCGAAUUAUCACACUGAGACGCCUCAUAUCUUGGAUUAUAGCAAAUAUCCCUAUCUAGAGGAGCGCCAAAGAUUUGUACGUGAAUACCUCGGAUCGUCAGAUUAUCAACCCAGUGACGCUGAAGUAAAGCAGCUUGUAGACGAUACAGAGAAGUUCGCUCUUGCAAACCAUAUCUUCUGGGGAUUGUGGGGAUUAAUCUCGGCAUAUGUGAAUCAUAUCGACUUCGAUUAUAUGGAAUAUGCAAGGCAAAGGUUUCAGCAGUACUGGUUGAGAAAGCUUGAAAUCUUGAAUAAGUGAGGAGACUCCCUCUCCCUUGAUGGUGAUAAUAUUUGUGUAGAAAAACAUAGAGCCACUCAGAUACCAAAAGUACGUAUAGAAAUUUGAUUUAUUCCGAUAACAAAGUUCAGUUUGUGUUGUUUUCGCAUUGAUGAAAUGUGUAGACUGAAUAAAGCCCCCAUUGAAUGAAAUGGGAAUCUUGUUUACCUAGUGAGUUUUUUAUUGAUUCUAUUCUCUGCAUGAUUUGCAAUGAAGUUUAUGAAUAGAAUCUAUGAUGCUGAAGUUCUGGAUUUGGUUGA